AUGAAUGUAGCGCCAAUCUUAAGCGACACAGUUCACUCACUGAAGCCUUCGCUGGAAAGUAUCCAAAGGGCCCUUCUGCGCCUCCGCCCGCCGCCAGGAAGCGACAGGAUGUUCCUGCACGCUGCCCAAGUGUCGUUUUACCGAUAUAAACCUGCGGGGUCCCACAGACGGUUUCGCUUGAGGAUCGGCGCACCGCUCCCCGAUGACUUCCACCAACUUUGCAAGGAGGCGCGGAUUCCGCUGAGCGACGAGGAUGUGAAGGGCGGGCUUGCUGUCUUGACCGACGGUGAAUACCAGCAGGUGCCAAAUGGUCGGAUUGGGAGCGUUGAUGGGCAGUGGAUGCAACGAUUCAUGGAUUCCAAAGACGGGUGGCCCAUACAAGCCACGGAAGAUGUCUCCCUACCUCGUUCAGAAAAGCCAACACUGAACCCUGACUCGUCGCUGCUAUGGAAAGACCUCGGGGUGUUUGACAGGGUUUUCCUGCUUUCCAAUCCCAUUCGGAGAGGCGACAUCGUCUCGCUGACCUCACCAUACAACCCUCGGGUGGAGCUUAUUAAGCGAGUCAUUGCUGUCGAGGGAGAUACGGUGAGGACGUCACUUGGCGAGCAAGUCGUGAUCCCCAAGGGUCGAAUAUGGGUCGAAGGCGACGGCUUCCAUAGUCAAGACAGCAACGCAUUCGGUGCCAACGGGCCUGGUCGACGCUCGCCUGAUGUUUUUACUGUGGCCCAUUUGGAGAUUUGGGUACCAGAAAGAUUUUACACGGAGCACAUUGGACGCUCGAGUAUCACCCGCCGGAUAUAACGUUGUCGUGGAUGGUUCUGUGUUGCGGACAUGA